AUGCCCAAUGUCGUCCUCUCGUCAAAACUAAGACCCUAUGAUUCCAUCUUCUUGCAAGAAUGGAUUCAUUCCGCAGUACAGCGUCACUACAUAAGAAACAAAUCCAAAAGGUUCUGGCACCCAGAACAAAACCUCGUCGCACCCUUGCCUCAAACUCAAGAACACUCCUUUUUCCACGCAGCCUUCCACCCUGGAUCAUACACCUUUGUAAGAAUCGUAAAAUUCCAUAAAGUCCACAAUUACACAGUCUACGCAACAAUCAGAGAUGCCUCGCAUAUGAUCCUGUGCUUUUUCACAUCGCAGUGUGUGCUCGACUAUGAGAUGCACAACAAUGACCGAAUCACUCUAAAUACCAUAAAUACCUUGUUUGUCGUGGGCCAAGUGACACUGGAGUUCUGGAACCAAGCUGAGGUGCAGCGACAUUACGGUUUAAGCUUCCCAAACAUGCCAAUGGUGCCGAUAUUAAAGAUCGAACAAGCACAGAUAUUUGACAGGGACCAAAUUGGAUCUACGAAACCAUUCAAUUGGGUGUAUUACGCUUUUUAG